AUGACGACAGAGCAAAGAGAAAAGAGGCAAAUCGGUGACAAUCGAAAUUUCUCUGUCAAUAAGGAAGUGAAAUCUCUGUCUCUGUCUCUGUCUCCCCUGAUUUGUUCCUCGACUACGAGAAGAGAAAAAAACAGAAGAGAAGAAUAUAUAUAUAUUGGUAAUCGAAAUUUUUGGACUCUCAUUCCUUAUUAUUCGGGCAGCUGGAUAUGGAGAAAAUUAUGCAAGUUACGAUCUGUAGCUAGACCAUUUGUGGUUUGUGAGAUUGGCUCAGGUAUGACUGCGAGCUUUUGGCAAGACAACUGGACUGGUUUAGGCCCUCUUAUUGAUCUCACUGGCCCCACUGGUCCUCAGGUGAUCGGACUGCCUCUAAAAGCUGUUGGAAACAUGCGGGAGUGUGUGGAUGAUGAUGUUUUCUUGUGGAAGACUGAUCAUCAUCCUCCUUCAUGCCUUUUUUCUUCACUUAAAACCUGGCUGGCUUUAAAUCCUCUUGAUAACCCUGUCGCUUGGCAUAAAUCUGUAUGGUUUAAGGAUCGCAUUCCAAAGCAUGCGUUUAUUUGUUGGGUUGUUGCUUGGAACAGAUUACACACAAGGGAUAGACUUACGAGCUGGGGUCUCUCUGUCUCUCCUUUCUGUGUUCUAUGCAAUGCAUGCCAUGAGUCUCGGGAUCAUUUGUUCUUUGAAUGUGUGUUCAGCCAAGAGGUUUGGAUGUUUUUCACUUCGAGAGCAAAUCUGACUCCUCCCUCCUCUUUCAUGGCGUCUCUUCUCUGGAUUAAGACUGUUUCCAGGGACUCAAACCUAUCACUCAUAUUGAAGCUCAUCUUCCAGGCUGAUAUAUAUCUCCUUUGGAAGGAGAGAAACAGUCAGAUUCACUCUUCUACUACUAGACCUCCUGCCUCGAUCAUAAGAGACAUCUAUGUGAUGUUAAGGGCGCGUCUCGAUCCUCUUUCCCGGAUUCAGCUGGCCGCCGCCCCUGGUUCUUCAUUGCUUUCGACUUGGUUCCGCUUCUUUGGGUAA